AUGUUUCCAAGAUUUAUUAGAACCUUAGCCACAACUACCAAACAAGAUGUGGUUAUAAUUGGUGGUGGACCAGCAGGUUUAACAUUACUUUCAGCUUUAAAAACCUCACCAAAAACUAAACAUUUAAAGUGUACUUUAGUAGAAGGGUUUUCUUUAGAUAAUGUUCGGAAAUUUCAAACAGAUCCACCAGAAACAUACACUAAUAGAGUUGUAUCUGUAACACCCAAGUCAAUUGAGUUUAUGCAAAAUAGAAUUGGAAGUUGGGAUUUUAUUCAUGAAAAUAGAGUUAAAGAAUAUGAUGGAAUUAUUGCUUAUGAUUCUCAAGAUGCAGAUUCAAGAAUAGAAUUUGAUGUAACAAGUAUUGGUAAAGGUGUACUUGCAGCAAUGAUUGAAGUUAUAAAUAUCCAAAGUUCUUUAUUGGCUAAAAUUGAAAGUCUUGAUGAUGAAACAACUACAAUUAAAGAUAAUACCAAAGUUGUGGAAAUUAUCAAUCCAAAUGAACCAGAUUUAGAUAAUCAUGAUUUGAAUGAAAUUGAUGAAAAAGUAGGAGAUUCAGAAUUAGAUUGGCCAAUUGUUAAAUUAUCUAAUGGUGAAACGAUACAAACCAGAUUAUUGGUUGGUGCAGAUGGAUAUAAUUCACCUGUUCGUAAAUAUGCUCAUAUUGAAUCAAGAGGAUGGCAAUAUGAUAGAUUUGGUGUUGUUGCUACUGUUAAAAUGCAAUAUGAAGAUUUUAGAUCUGUUGGAUGGCAAAGAUUUUUAACUACUGGACCAUUAGCUAUAUUGCCAUUAACUGAAGAUAAUGCCACUAUUGUUUGGUCAAGUACUCCAGAAUUGGCCAACAUUCUUUUGAAAGUUAAUGAAAAAAUAUUCCCACAUCUUGUUACUGCAGCUAUGGUUUUAGAAGAAGUUGAUUUGAAUUAUAUUUACAAGGUAUUGGAUGAAAAUCCAGACGAUUUUUCUGUGUUGAAAGAUAUUGAAUGGAGAUUAUCUAAAUUCAAUACUGAAGAAUUAGAAGAAAAAUAUCCAUUACCAGUAGUAGAAGUUCUUUCAGGAUCUCGUGCUAGAUUCCCAUUGAAAAUGUCUCAUGCUGAUACUUAUGUUGCUCCAAGAGUUGCAUUAAUUGGUGAUGCUGCUCAUACUAUUCAUCCAUUAGCUGGUCAAGGUUUGAAUAUGGGACAAUCUGAUGUUGCCGCUUUAGUUGAAGCCUUAGAAAAAGGUAUGGAUAGAGGAAUGGAUAUUGGAUCUACUUUGGUUUUGGAAGAAUAUGUUGCCAAUGCUUGGCCUGCUAACCAUGCUAUGUUGGGAAUAUGUGAUAAGUUACAUAAAGUUUUCUCAACUGAUUUCUACCCAUUGGUAUGGGCAAGAGGAUUCGGUAUGAAAUCUAUCAAUUCCUUAGGUAGCCUCAAAGAUUUUAUGAUGAAGAGUAUCAGUGGAAGAUAA